AUGCAGGCACCAUGUACAAACUCCGAAGCAGUGAAGCGAUGCAUGACUUUUCCAAACAAACCACUGUCCAGUCAGAUGCGCUAUGUUGAACCACGACCACCUUAUGCUGCUGGAAAUAAUGUGGUCAAGCGUGACAGACCCUACUCAGCUCCAAUGCGACGCAUCACAAAUACCAACAGUCACGCAGACCCAUGGCGUGGUCCAAAAUACGAGCGAGCGCCAUCCCGACCAAGUUACAGUGUCAAACUUCAUCAUCAUACAUGGGAUACGGAGUUCAGUUCGCGGGCUCCAUACGCACCUCGGAGAAAAGAUGUGUACAGCAACUCAAUGUAUGACCCUGUAGACAGAGGGGGUAAGACACCCCCCUUCCCGCCAUAUGACCCCCUUAAUGACCCCCACCUUACAGAAUACUUCGAUAGACGCUUUGGUCUCAUACAGGCAGCUUCAGCAGUGAAACGAGGCUGGGGGUCACGACCUUCCAGUGCCAGUAGUUCCAUGUAUGGAGGUGCUAAAAGAUUCAAGAAAUCAAGUGUUAUUGGAAGUUCGUCUGGAGAAAAAUCAGCACUGUACAAGGUGGCUGUUGUCACAGGGGACCUAAAGAAUGCAAGCACAGAUGCCAAAGUUUUCAUCACUCUAAAAGGUCUGAAAGGCAAAAUAGCAAAAACAAGACUUACCAAGAAAGCUGGCUCCGUCAAAUCCAACAAAGACGUUGCCUUCCGAUUCUCCCGGGACAGUACUCACAUAUUCAAAAUCCGAGGACCAAAUAUAGGCAACCUGAAAUCCGUGGUUAUUGAGCACAAUGGUACAAAAAAGGAGGAUGCCUGGUUCCUUCGGGAAAUCGAAGUUGUCCACGUAAAGACGAAGAAAAGUUGGGUGUUUGUGUGUAACCAGUGGUUGUCUCUUGUUCAUGGUGAUCAACAGACGCAGCGUGAGCUGUUCCCUCGCAUGUCACCGAAAACCACUUAUGAGAUCGUGGCUGUGACGGGGGACAAACUGAAUGGCGGUACCAACGCCAAUGUGUAUCUGACAAUUUACGGUAGAACUGGUGCUACGGAGAAAAUCCCACUCAAAAACAAUACAGGCAAAAUGUUUGAACGAGGAAGUAGUGACAUUUUUAAAGUGAACACAAAAUGUGUUGGACCCAUGCGUAAGGUGCGAAUUGAGCAUGAUAACACUGGAAUGGGCGCAGGCUGGUACCUAGAGAGGAUCGUGGUGUCAGACAUGAAACAUCAACAAUGGAAGUAUUUUUUCCCAUGCGGACAAUGGCUGGCACGGGACGAGGGAGAUGGUGCCAUCUGUCGUGACCUCAUUGGUAGCAAAGACCCAUUUGGUAUCAGAAAAGAGAGUAAAUACAAAGUCACAGUCUACACCGGAGAUACACGUGGAGCUGGGACAGACGCAAACGUUUACAUAACACUGUUUGGGGAAAUUGGUGAUUCAGGAGAGAAGAGACUUGACUCGACUUCAAACAACUUCAGACGGGGAAAAUCAGACGAGUUUAUGCUGAAGGCGCCCUGCCUUGGGAGGUUAGAACGUGUCCGGAUCGGACAUGACAACACUGGAUUUGGUCCUGGCUGGUUCUUGGACAAGGUAAUUAUUGAUGAUACUGACAACAACAUCGUGUACGAGUUUCCAUGUAAUCGAUGGUUUGCUACGGACGAAGACGAUGGUAUGACAUCCAGGGACCUCAUUGUCAAUGUUGGCCCAAUGAACAUCGCUCCAGGAAUUCCGUACGUCAUCACCGUAACAACAGGGGACAAAUCAAAAGCUGGAACAGGUGCCAGGGUAUUUGUAGUGAUGAAUGGACCACAGGGAAAAACAAGUGGUAAAAUAUGGCUGGAGACCGGAAAAUUUGAACGAAAUACAACCGACAUUUUCAAUGUUGAUGUUGUGGAGAUGUUGAGUCCACUCAAGGAGAUUGAGAUUGGUCAUGACAACAGUGGUGUAGGGCCUGGAUGGUACUUAGAGCAGGUCAUUGUCUUCUGCCCAAGCACGGGAAUAGAACAGGUGUUCCCCUGUCAGAAGUGGUUUGCAACAGACAGCGGUGAUGGUCAGAUACAGCGUGUCCUCAAAGAGCAGAAAGCGGUCCGUAAAACCAAAGAAAAAAAGAUCCCAUGGAUUGUUAUCGUUUCAACAAGUGAUGUGAGAAGUGCAGGCACUGACGCCAAUGUCUACAUGGUUGCCUAUGGUGAUAAAGGUAAAACUGAAAAGGUUACUCUGAGCAACAAAGGUGACAACUUUGAGAAAGGACAAACAGAUCACUUUAAAGUGGGCAUGGUAGACAUUGGCAAGUUGUAUAAGGUCCGUGUGUGGCACGACAAUGAUGGACUGGCGUCAGGCUGGCAUCUCAACAAGGUCAUUCUUGAAAAUGUGACAACCAAGGAGAAGUACAACUUCAAGUGUGACCGCUGGCUGGCCGACGACGAGGACGACAAGUCACUUAUACGAGAAAUGCCAGCAGAGAGUAAAGAUAUCAACAAACCUCUUCCUUUGGUGAAAUACACUGUGGAAGUUUACACAGGAAAGAAGAUGAGAGCUGGUACUGAUGCCAAUGUGUUUGUGAACCUGUUUGGAGAGCUAGGUGAUACUGGUGAUCGGCCUUUAAAAGAAUCCAAAACUAACAAAAAUAAAUUUGAGAAAGGAAAUGUUGACAUUUUUACAUUGGAAGCAGUGACCUUACUCAAAUUAAAUAAGGUCAUCAUAGGGCAUGAUGGGAAGGGUGCAGGUUCAGGCUGGUUUCUGGACAAGGUCGUAGUCAAGCAGGAAGGUUCAGACAAAUUUGAUGCUUCCUUUGAAUGUGGACGCUGGCUAGCAACCAGUGAGGAUGAUGGUCAGAUUGUCCGUGAACUUACGCUUGGAUCACAAAUGUUGUCCACAACCACAUACAACGUUUCGGUGACUACGGGCGAUGUCAGAAGUGCAGGAACAGAUGCCAAUGUAUCUAUACAGAUAUUUGGAUCAAAAGGCGAUACAGGAGAACUUCAGUUGCGGUCCUCGGAAAACACCUCAAACAAAUUCGAGAGAGGAAAAACAGACAAGUUCAAACUGGAAUCUGUAAACAUAGGAACGUUAAAGAAAAUAAGAAUUGGACAUGACAACUCAAAGCCUGGUGCAGGUUGGUACCUGGAUGAGGUCCGUAUAGAUGUUCCUUCUCGAGGUGAGCAUUAUCUGUUUGCCUGCCAUCGCUGGCUGGCUAAGGACGAGAAGGAUGGCCUCACAAUGGUAGAGUUAGAACCAUCACACAAGGAGGACCGUGAAAAACGACGCAGAGGGCCAGGUCUGCCAUACGAAGUGACAGUCUGGACCAGUGACAAAUCCAAUGCUGGAACGGAUGCCAGUGUCUUCAUCCAGAUGUACGGCGACAGCGGAAAAACGGAGAAGGAAAUCCUCAACAAUCGCUCGGACAAUUUUGAACGUGGAAAGAAGGACAUGUUCAAGAUUGAAGCAGCAGAUGUUGGGCGGAUUCAGAAAGUUAGGAUCGGUCAUGACAGCACCGGGAUGUUUUCUGGAUGGCACCUGGAGAAGGUGCUGAUUCAGAGACAUCCGAGGAAAGGAACAAGAAAGACUCCGAAACGUAAACGGACUCCAUCAGCAAAUGAGCGUCGAAAAUCGCUCGUAUCUGAUCUACAGGAACGAGAGGAGGAUUCCGAUGGUAGCAACUCAUCAACAUCUCCAACACCUCGAAGGCGAAGAAGUUUCAAGAAACACAAAGAACCGGAGUUAAAAACAGUUGAAGAAGAGAGUGAGGAGGAUGUGUAUGAUGGCACGGAGACAGAGGAUUACUGGUUCUUUGUCAAUGAGUGGUUCGCACGUGGUGAAGGUGACGGAGCUAUCCAAAGGGAGUUUACUCCUACCGACAAGGAUGGCAAGCCACUUAAGGGGGCUCUUCAAGAUGUUGAGUAUGAAAUCCAUGUUUUUACUGGAAAUGUACGAGGUGCAGGCACAGACUCCAACGUUUUUGUCAACUUGUAUGGGGAAAACUUUGACUCCGGUGAAAGGCAGCUUAAGGAUUCAAACAACUUUAACAAGUUUGAAAAUGGACAGGAAGAUAUUUUCAAGCUUAAGAUCAAGGAAUUGGGACGUUUGGUGAAAUUACGUAUUCGCCAUGACAACAAAGGAAUUGGUGCUGCUUGGUACCUAGAUAGAGUGGAAGUCGUGGAUACGAAGAAAAGGCACACGUACUACUUCCUGUGUCAGCGUUGGUUAGCAACAGGAGAAGACGACGGUCAGAUCUGUAGAGAACUUGUUCCCGUUGAUAAAUCAUUGCUUAGUAAAUCAGGAAAGGAUUCCGCGAGGGCUGAGGUUGCCUUGGAAACCAAAGCUGCCAUGACAACAUACUACGUGAAUGUGAAGACAGGAACCGUAUGGGGUGCAGGAACAGAUGCCAAUGUGUACAUUUUAUUGUUCGGUGAUAAGGACAACACAGACACUAUAUUCCUGAAAUCCUCAAUGACAAACAAGAACAAGUUUGAGAGUGGACAAACAGACAAGUUCCUGGUUGAGGCUGUCAACAUCGGCGAACUCAAGAAGAUCAAAAUUGGCCAUGAUGAUGCAGGAGGGGGUGCACCCUGGUUCCUAGAUGAGGUGGUAAUAGACAGCCCAUCGUUAGGUAAAUGUUGGGUGUUCCCCUGUUAUAAGUGGCUCAGCUCUAAGGAUGGGGACUGUCAGCUGGAGAGGGAACUCUGGCCACAGGAGCUCAACACACAGGAAUACACACCAUGUAUUCCGUACGAGAUUAAAGUAUUCACAUCAGACAAGUCGGGGGCGGGCACAAGUGCUGAUGUCUACAUCCAGCUGUACGGCAAGGAGCUGUGUUCCUCUCAAAAGCAAAUGUGUCCCACAAAACGAGAACGAAGCGACAAAUUCAAGCGUGGUGCUUCAGAUUUAUUCCUGCUAGAGAUGGAGGAUGUUGGCGAAACGAUAGAAAAGAUCAGAAUCGGCCACAAUAACUCUGGUUUGACGGCUGGCUGGCAUCUCAGUCGUGUUGAGAUUCGUAAACUCCACGACACUGGACGGGGAUCACAGGGGUCUAUCACAUAUGUGUUUCCAUGUGAUCGAUGGUUGGCGCGAGACGAGGAUGAUACAGCGAUAGAACGAGAACUGAUUGCAGGGAAAGUCCAUCAAGAACUCAUAGGGCGAGAUGGACAGGUCAAGAAAAAGGACAUUAAACUCCGUGAUCAACUUCAAAACAAGCAGUAUGUGGUAAACGUCCACACAGGAGAUGUGAGCGGGGCAGGCACAGACGCCAACGUGUUCCUCACUAUCUGGGGUGACCGAGGCGACAGUGGGGAAAGGAAACUACACAAGUCUGAGACAUACAGUGACAAAUUUGAACGCAAUCAUAUUGAUGUCUUCAAGAUGGAUAUCGUUGAUUUAGGAAACAUCUACAAAAUCAAGAUACGACAUGACAAUUCCAUGUUUAACCCCGCCUGGUACCUUGAUUAUGUGGAAGUAAUUGACCAAUCACAAAACAAUCAGAAGUUCAUGUUCCACUGCGAGAGGUGGCUUGCCAAAAACAAAGACGAUAAAAAAAUACAAAGAACUUUCUAUGUCAAGGGUUAUGAUGGUGAUAUGGAGUCCAGUACUGGGACAUUGGGUACAAUGAAGUCUACACGCUAUGGUUCUGUCGCCAGUCUGGAUUCUCUCAAGAGUAUGGACCCAUUUUCCAAGUCUCCACGUCUCUCACGUAAACAACAACUGGCACAGGAGGAAAUGCCUGACGGUGAUACAAUUCCCUACACAAUCAAGGUAUCGACUGGAAAGGGGAAGGAUGACGGGACGAGCAGCAAUGUGUGGGUGAGAGUUAUUGGUCCGCGGGGGAAGGACACUGGACGACUCUUCCUAGAACUCGCUCAGAAGGAUAAGUUUAUGCCUGGCUCUGUAGAAACCUUCUCGUUAGAGGCGAUAGACGUGGGGGACGUCAAGAAACUUGAGGUUGGCCAUGACGGGGAAGCUCCAGGGACGGGCUGGUUUGUACGUGAGGUCAGCGUUGAUGUACCAACAAAGGGGAGGCACUAUCUGUUCCAGUGUAAACAGUGGCUUGCUCGUGACAAGUUUGAUGGAAAGACCAUCAGGAUCUUUAGUCUCGACGAUGGUGUUAGUACUGUCACAUCAUACAGACCAAUGGUACAAUAUGAGUGUGAGGUAACAACAGGUGACAUCACAGAGGCCGGUACAGAUACCCAGAUCACACUUACAGUGUUUGGUGCCAAGGGCACAACAGCACCCAUCAUCCUUGAGAAGAUUGGAGACAGAUUUGAACGAGGUCACAGUGACCUCAUUAAGGUGGAGAUGGAAGAUGUCGCCCCUAUAAAGAAAAUCAGAAUACAGACCACCGGCAAAGGCAGCAGACCAGAUUGGUACCUCGAGAAGCUGACCCUUCGCAGUUACGAGACUGAUGCCCUGUCCGUGUUUGAAGUCAAUGAUUGGUUUGGGAAGAAGAAGGGCGUACUUAUGCGUGACAUUGCUGCGAAGGAGAGGGGCAAAUUUGUCAUCAAAGAGACCUCCUACAAGAUAUCCGUGAAGACGUCCGAUGUUAGUGGUGCCGGAACAGAUGCCAAGGUGUUUGUAACUUUGUUUGGAGCCAAUGGUGAUACCGGUGAAAUCCACCUAGCUAAAUCAGAAACAUACAAAGAUCCGUUUGAGAAUAACCAGAUUGAUGUGUUUACUAUACAGAAGAUUCUCAGUGUUGGGGAACUGUCUAAGUGUCGUGUCUGGCACGAUAAUUCAGGGUUUGGUGCAGCUUGGCAUCUGUCCUACAUUGAGGUGGAAGACCUUAGCAAUAAGAAGGUGUAUACAUUUCACUGUGACAACUGGCUUUCCAAAAAGGACGGCGACAAACAGAUAUUACGGGAGCUGACGUGUGGAACUAUUGCCAAACCUUCAACUGGCGACAAGGAAUCCGCCACUUAUGAACUUGAGGUGAAAACAUCUGAUAAAAAAGAGGCAGGAACCAUUCACCAUGGCUGGGUCAUACUCGAAGGCAGCAAAGAAAGUGUCAGAUAUAAACUUGAAAACAGCGCUCGCAACAAAAUACUCCGCAGGGGUAACACCGACUAUUUCCAAGUUCCGUCCCGACCACUUGGCAAACUAAAACGUGUGAUUGUAGGAGCAACGGAGCGUGAAGACCACCCGCUACAGGACAUGGAAGGUCAUGAAGCCAUGUGGUUUUGUUACGAAAUUAACGUCACAGACACCACGACUGGUAACAAAUACCUGUUUCCCUGCAAGAAAUGGAUCCAGAUUUCUGACCGCCUUUACUCCAAGAAAUACAGAGAAGUUUUGGAGGCUAAAUCUGUGGAACAAUCGCAGGUUUCUGUUGUAAGAAAUUUGGCCCCGAUCAAGUAUGAGAUUGUCGUGUUCACCGGAGAUGUUUUCGGAGCUGGAACCAACGCCAAUGUCUCUAUCACCAUAUUUGGCUCAAAUGGUGACAGUGGUAAACGUGCACUUCAGCAGAGUUUCCGGGAUCUAUUUGAACGUAACCAAGUUGACAAAUUCCAGAUGGAAAUACUAGAUUUAGGGGAGUUACAUAAAGUGAGAAUUGAACAUGACAACAGUGGUUUCCGUCCUGCAUGGUUCCUUGAUAGAAUUGAGAUCACCAACUUGGCAACCAACAACACUAGUGUUUUCCCAUGUAGUAACUGGCUGGACAAAAACAAGGGAGAUAAGUUGACCUGUCGCGAUCUCCUGGCCCGGGAAUAA